AUGGCGACAGAGCUUCAAACAUGUGACUUCGGCGCUAUCGAGGAGAUGGAUCCAUCGAUCGCGGACGGGUUUCGGGUCAUCUACGACCGAGAAGUCCCGUUUGAGCUGCGGGUUCAGGAAUCAGCCGACGGACCGCAGCAAGUUGGUACUCUAGAGGCGAUCAAGGUUAAAGUUCUUAUGCUGGGAGAUGAUGCCGCCCCUCAAUCUGUUCGGGUUGAAUUGUCCAGUGAGGCUGACCUCUUCUUUCAUUACACACACAGCAUCGACGAUGCUUCGUUUCAGGUAAUGCAAGAGGAGCAAAAACUGAUGGUGGAGUUCCAGGACUACCCGAACGUUCUUAUCCGGAUGUUGAACAACUGCAUCAAGGAGCCCCACUCGCACCUCGUCGUUUUCGUCAUGCAGCACGACGUCAACGCUCGCCUGGAUUUCAUACAGAACAUGGAGUACAAAUUUGUGGAGCUGAUGUCCCUCCAAUACACGAGGUCUGCGGAAGACAUCGUUCAACAUCAAAUCACCUACAGAUACAACGCGAUGAAAUCAAGGCUUGCCUUGAUGCAGGCACGCCUCCAGGAGGUGAACAACCUUGUCAAGUUGAAGAACCCGUCCCUCCUUCUACAGUUGCAGUCUCGGUGA